UUUAAGUUAUUAAAUUACAGACAAACUUGUUCAAAAGUCUCACACUGGCAUUUUGUUAUUUGUUUGUAUGUUUUUCCACGUCGGCAUUUACAGUGUUUUAUCAAAUAACAAAAAAAAAUUAUUCUUUUAUCAAUGAAAAAUAUUCUUGUUUGAUUUUUUUUUAUUAUUUCGAAAUUUCAUCAAGCUACAAAUAUUUGUGAAUUAGAAAAAAAACAAAUCAAAAUGGAUCCACAAGUUCGACAGACAAAUCCAAUGAUGAUGAAUUAUCCUCAACCGCAAUGGACCCAACAUCAACAACCAAUAUCUCCAAAUCAACCAUAUUAUCAACAAUAUCAACAGCAGCAAUUUACUGAUAAUUCAACUUCAGGACCUCCACCACCUCCUCAAAUAAAUGAAAUGGUAUCCAAAUCACAAUCAAGUGAUCAAGAUGGAGCGCUUACCAAUCAAAUGUCAAAUCUAUCAUUGAAUAAUCGUCAACCAUCGCAACAAAAUGAUUCAUUAAAAUCCAAUUUUCAGAAUGGCCAGAAUGUUACAUUGUCAUCAUCUUCAUCUUAUGCUAAUCAAUAUCCCACGUCAAAUAGUGGUCCUUUAUAUUCAAAUUCUCAGAUACAACAGCAACCCACAUUGGCUCCAAAUUCAUUCAACUACAAUAAUCAACCAUCACAGCAACAAGAAUUUCGGCAACAGCCACCACCACCACCACCACCAAUACCUGCUGCUAAUGUUUCUGGAAAUUGGAAUCAGAAUCCGAUCAAAACAACCAAUCAACAACAACAACAACAACCAGUUGUCCCUUCUUUGCCGCUUGCAUCAACUACGACUGGCUAUCAAAGCAAUAACGCUUAUGAUGGCCAACAGCAACAAAACGGAAAUCUACCACCAAAUUAUCCACAACCUUCGCAAAAUAUGUAUCAGCAACAGAAUUCAUAUCCGCCACCACCGCCGCAAAUGGGUGGUCAGCAACAAUCAAUGACUCCUGUCAAUCAUCAAUAUAGUUCUCCAUACGGUAUGCCAACCAAUCGAUACGGCACUACACCUUCAAGUCCUACUGGCUAUGGAUCGAUGAGUCCAAAUACCAGUCCAUUCAAUCAACAACCACAGCAAGCUCAAAAUAAACUUGAUCCAGAUGCUAUGCCUAGUGUUGUACAAGUGAUUCUUGAAGAUAAAGUAAAAUACGAGACAAAUAGUCCAGUGCUGUUCACGACAACAGUUCCGGCUAGUGUUCCUCCAUUGGUCACUACUAUAAUGGAAAAUGAGAAUCAAAUCAUACAAGACGGUGGCUGUGCCAGUCCGUUAUUUAUGCGACCGACCAUCUAUCAGGUGCCUAUAUCGGAUGAUAUUAUAAAAACCACUGACAUUCCAUUCGGUGUUUUGAUCAAACCAUUUGAUGAUCAAGAAGUCGAUAGGAAAAUUUAUGUGCCUAUCAGUCCAAGCGAAAUUGUACGCUGUAAUCGUUGUAAAGCAUAUAUGAAUCCUUAUAAUCGUUUUAUCGAUGGCGGUCGUCGAUUUCAAUGUUCUCUUUGUCAUCAUGUGACCGAAGUUCCGCAAACUUAUUUUGCCAAUCUCGAUCACAAUGGACAUCGAUUAGACCGACAGCAACGACCUGAAUUAUGUCUUGGAUCGUAUGAAUUUCUAGCCACAGAGGAAUAUUGCCAUAACGGUGUGCAGAAUAAUCGUCGUCCACAUUUGAUUUUUGCUUGUGAAUUGACUGAAGCAUCUAAACCAAUAUUAAACAUAUUGGCUGCAAAUUUAGUUGAAAUUAUUAAAAAUUUUCCUCAUGAUUUAGGAUAUCCGGAAUCAAUGCCACCCAUGUUUGGCUUUAUUACGUACAAUUCAAAAAUACAGAUCUAUGAUAUUGUGAAUAAUGGCCAUGCUCAUGUCAUUUGUGACCUAACAACACCAUUCGCUCCACUCAACACUUUCUUGGUUGAUCCAUUGAUCCAUAUGGAUAAAAUUGAAAAAUUUUUUGAACGAUUACCACAAUUAUACGAUAAUGAACAAAUGGACAUGCAGACAAUUUUAGGACCUGUAAUUGAGGCCGCAUUGAUGAGCACACAAGUUGAUGUGAACAACUGGAUUAAUAAGAAUAUUGUUAAUAAAGUUGUGAAUACUGGUAGUGGCGAUCAACAAUCUUCUCCCAAUGAUACGAUACCGUGUGGAAAAAUUUAUCUAUUUCAUAGUACAUUGCCAACGUAUGGUAGCGAUUCUGAUACACCUGGUCGUUUGAAACAAAAAUGGACAAAUACUGUUGAUGAAUUACGUAAACUUAUGGGCAGUGAUAAAGAGAAAACAAUCCUUAGCCCAUUGACGAAUAAAUACUAUAUCGAACUUGGCCAAAAAUGUGUCACCGAUUAUGCAACCGGCGUCGAAUUAUUUCUUUUCCCUCCCCCGAAUGGAUUUUUGGACGUUGCUACAUUAGGCGAAUUGGUCCGAUUAAGCGGAACUGGAUCCAUUUACAAAUUUUACAAUGAUUUUUCUGAUACAUUUUUAAAAGAUCUAAAAUAUUCACUUUAUUCGUCAUUUGCAUUCGAAUGCGUUCUAAAAAUUCGAACAUCGACCGGUAUUCGACCCAAUGAUUAUUAUGGUUAUUUUUAUUCACGUUCUCCAAGUGAUGUUGAAUGUGCGGCUAUCAAUACGACGACAAACAUAGCUGUAGAAUUUAAAUAUGAUGAUAAAUUGACCGAAGAUGAGCACGUUGUUAUUCAGUCAGCAAUAUUAUAUACAUCAUUAUCUGGACAACGGCGUGUUCGUAUUCAUAAUAUUGCAUUAGCAUCUUGUACACAAAUUAGCGAUCUUUAUCGUAAUGCUUGUUGUGAUUCAAUCAUAAAUAUUUUGGCUCGAAUGGCUGUCAAUCCACUUCGAAACGGAGAUAAAACGAUUCAACAAACCAAAGAAGCCAUUGUUGGUCGUGUUAUAAACAUAUUAACUGCAUAUCGUAAACAUUGUUCACAACCCGGUACAUCGCUUGGUCAACUAAUUUUGCCCGAAGCACUGAAAAUACUUCCCAUGUAUAUAUGUGGUCUAUUGAAAUGUGAUGCCAUUGAUGGUGGUCCGGAAACAAAUCCAGAUGAUAAAGCCUAUGCCCAACUUAAAAUGUUGGGAUCUUUCAUAUCGUUGAGUCAAGUAUUUUUAUAUCCAAAACUUUAUAAAAUAGAGUAUGAAAGUGAAUCCGAGACCGAUACCUUAAAAUAUUCACAAAUUCGUUGUUCGGCCUAUAAACUCACAUCAGCUGCCUUAUCAUAUGUGCUUGAAAAUGGCUUUUAUGUAAUGAUUUACAUAACAACAAAUGGUUGCAAUAAUGUUAAAUUUUUAAAUGGUGUUUUCGGUCCCAAUGUCGAUUCGGCUACAAAAAUCAAAACAGAAUUGCCAUUGCCAAAUCUUUUGACAGGUGAAUCCCAAUUUAUGCAUCGUUUAAUCAAAAAGAUGGAAACCGAACGAAAAUGUUCAUACAAAAUAUUUAUCAUAAGACAAGGAAUUGAUAAAACCGAAUCAGUUUUCCGUAGUUUUCUAUAUGAAGAUCAAAAAAUCAUAACCAGGCAGGCCGGUGAUAGUAAACUCGAAGGCCUUAGCUAUGUUGAUCUUUUAUGUCAUCUGCACAAGGAAAUUCGUGCCCAACUCAAUUGAAUCAAAUAAAGAUAAAGCAAAAAAAAA